AAACAGUCUGCCCUGAGCACGCGGCCUGUAACCGCAAACUCUCCAGGAAUCCUUCCUCGUAAGACAGGAGACCGCUUCAUCCCAACCAGAGCAAGUUCAAACUGGAGCAUCAACUUUCAUGCUAUAAAUGAAAAUGGAAAAUCCCCCAACCAGAAUCGAAAAACGAAGGAAGCAAACUCUGAUAAUGGGAAAGAUGGUGUAGCAUAUGCUGCCUUACUGAAGAAUGAGCUACUGGGAGCAGGCAUUGAAAAAGUGAGCGAUCCUCAGACUGAAGAUCGGAGAUUCCAGAUGCCAAUGCAGGAGCGAAGGAAUCUAUUCAGAUAUGCCUUGAGCACAAAGAGGUCCACUACUGAAGGUGGGAAUGAGAUUUCUCCAUAUUCAUUGUCCCCCGUAAGCAAUAAAAGUCAAAAGCUGUUGCGGUCGCCACGGAAACCAACAAGAAAAAUUUCAAAGAUUCCGUUUAAAGUUCUGGAUGCUCCAGAACUGCAGGAUGAUUUUUAUCUCAAUCUAGUGGAUUGGUCAGCAGCAAAUGUUCUAAGCGUUGGUCUUGGUGCUUGUGUUUACUUGUGGAGUGCGUGUACCAGUCAGGUCACUAGGCUGUGUGAUCUCUCAAUUGAUGGUGACUCUGUUACAUCUGUUUGUUGGAAUGAGAGGGGGAAUUUUGUAGCUGUGGGUACCCAUAAGGGAUAUGUGCAGAUCUGGGAUGCGGCAGCUGGGAAAAAGCUGAGCUCUCUUGACGGACAUUCUGCUAGAGUUGGGGCUUUGGCCUGGAAUGCUGAUCAACUCUCGUCAGGAAGUCGGGACCGUCUCAUUCUACAGAGAGAUGUGAGAACACCUCCACUUCAGAUGGAGCGGCGAUUACAGGGCCACAGGCAGGAAGUCUGUGGUUUAAAGUGGUCUCCUGAUCACCAGCACUUAGCUUCUGGGGGCAACGAUAACAAGCUCUUUGUAUGGAAUAAUUCCAGUUUGAGCCCGGUCCAGCAAUACACAGAACAUUUAGCAGCAGUAAAGGCCAUUGCCUGGUCUCCUCAUCAGCAUGGCCUUCUGGCAUCAGGAGGGGGCACUGCUGAUCGCUGCAUUCGUUUCUGGAACACACUGACAUGCCAGCCCCUGCAGUGUGUCGACACAGGCUCUCAAGUCUGCAAUCUUGCCUGGUCUAAGCACGCAAAUGAAUUGGUUAGUACACACGGCUAUUCGCAGAAUCAGAUUUUAGUGUGGAAAUACCCGUCCUUAACACAGGUUGCCAAACUGACAGGGCAUUCAUAUAGAGUGCUCUACCUGGCCAUAUCACCUGAUGGAGAGGCUAUAGUAACAGGAGCAGGUGAUGAAACUCUGCGGUUUUGGAAUGUUUUCAGUAAAACCCGUUCGACUAAGGAAUCCAAAUCUGUCCUUAAUCUUUUUACAAGGAUACGGUAAAACUGCCAUGAAGAACAGGCGCUCCUUAAACGGAUUCCCUCAACACAAACACACACAGCAGUAAAGUUCAUCAGAACAAACAUAACCUCCUCUUCACUGUUUUUGUUCAAGUGGUCAAUGCACUUUCAUUUACUAAGUUUUGAGGUUAUUUGAAAGACGACUGUUUGGGACAUUAUUAAUUCAUCUCAACACCAAGAUGGAUGAAAGAAAUGCAAAAGGAAUGUGGAGUAAAAGGAGAAAGUUCACUUUAUAUGUAUCUAUUGUACAAUGUGUACAGAAGCUAUUUAUUGGACUGAGGAUGACCUUUGAUGCUGUCUUAAUGUUUGCAUGGAAACGGCAGUGUGGGAAUGGAUCCAGAAGUACUCCUAAUCUUUUAUAGUAAAAAAGAUGAAAAGUAUUUACAUAGUGUGUCUUGGAUAUCUGAAAAAGGAGGCACAUUUUUAGAAAUUAUCCACCCCCUUUCUACUGAAUCAUCUCAGUAUUUGCUUCUAGAACUAAGAAAUUUAAUUUUCUGUAAUUUACCUUGCACUUAUGUUCAUUGAAAAAAGUCAUUACAAAUGGGAACCAUAAUUAAAAUUAAUAUUUAACGUGAAAGUUUAAUUUUGUUCAUUCAUAACAUGCUCACUGGUUCUUUGCUGAGCAGAAUUGGCCAUUUGUAGGUGGCUGCAGUUGAGACUGAAUCAGUGUGUGUGAUUUUACUUCCACACUCAGGUGAUUUGUCACCCUGCAUGCAAACCAAACAUCACUGUUACUGAAGAACUCCAUUAGAACCAUCACUUCCGUAAUGUGGACUGGAAAUAGUUAGGCAGUUGGAUUAACUUAUAUACAAACUGCUCUUCCAGCCUGAAUAAUCACCUUGCUAUAAAUUGGCACAGAUAAACAUUUUGUUCUUUUUCCCUUUUUUAUUGGACCAAGUAUGAAGUGAAAUGUUGGAAGAAAGUCAAAAUUAUGUUUAAAAACAAAAUUGGUGUUGCUCCAUGACAUUUUCUGCCUUUUGUGCCAACAGACGAUAUACGUUCAAUUGAAAUAAAUGCAUUAGUAAAGAGGCUUCCAGUGUUUCAGAACUACCUGUGUUAUCAAUGAAUUGACAAAAAGACUAUCAUAGAAACAUGGAAAAGAGAAGCAGGCGUUAGACCAUUCAGAUCUUCGAGCCUGCUCCACCAUUCAGUAUAAUUGUAGCCAAUAUCCAACCCUGUUCCUGCUUUCUCCCCAUACCCUUUGAUCCCGCUGUCAGAAGUAUGUCAUACUCUCAAAUAUUCAAUGCCUUGUCCUCAAUCGCUUUCCAUGGCAGAGAAUUCCACAGGCUCACCACUCUGUGGGUGAAAUAAGUUCUCAUCUCAGUACCAAAUAGCCUAUCCUGGUCCCAGUCAUCAGCAAUAUCCUUCCUGCAUUUACCCGGUCUAGUCCUCUUAUACAUGUCUGGUAGAUCAAAUCACAACUGCAGGGGACACACGCUGGCACUGCCAGAGAUACUGCAGGUAGCUGUUUACACCAGCCCUAUCAUUCCUGUUCCUUUCUACCUUGUACUCCUUUAGAUUGACUUUAAAACACAUUUAGGCUGUUCACCGCAAUAAACAUUCUGUGUAACACACAACAGGUCUCCAACCCAAGCAUAGUGCAUUUCUUAAUGCUUCAGAUGUUCCUUGGAUCAAAAUUGAAAAUAAUAUAUUUUCAAGUGGAACUGGCUUUUUUUCUACGGCCAUUCUUUGAGGGAUAAGAGCAGAGGCAAUCUAAAGAAUAAGUGCAGUACUAGGUAUAAGUAAGUAUGGUGUUACUGCAUAUUUGUCUAUCUUUGUAAUUUAGUUCCUGUGCCAGUGCUCUAAACUCUCUUCUCUAGUUACCAAUUUCAUCCUUCUCCGAGGUGACAAUUGUAAAUUGAGCCAGUCUGUUCAAAAUUGGUGCCACGUUUGAUCCUGCAAUGCAUUUUCCAACCCCCGUACUUAUGCCAACACUUGAGGUUUAUUCAACCUCCUAGCUUUGGUCUGUCUCAGCCCGUGUCACUGAAAUCUUCAUUUGUGCUUUUACUAUCUCUAGACUUGCUCAAUCCAACAUACUUGGCUGGUUUCCUACAUUUUACCCCCCGUAAAUGCUAUCAUUCCAGACACCGUGGCCCAGCUGUUAACUCAGAGCAAUGUCCAUUUCCCUUUCACCCCUGUGUGCGCUGAUUUACAUUUUGGCUCCUGGUCAAGCAAAAUCUUGAUGUUAAAAUUUCAUCCUUGCCUUGCUCCUCAUAUACUUAACCUCACCAUCCGUAACCAUUUGAUAUUUAUGCCCUGUCAAUUUUGGCCUUUGGCACAUAACAAUUCUGUGAUUCAGUUGAAUAAUUGGUAAUGGUACAGGAUAUCCAAAUGGCCCAUCAUGCCUGCUCUAGUUCUAUUACCUAGUGCUGAUCUCUUGUCUUUUUCCCAUAUCCCUGCACACCAUUUCUAUAAAACAAUUAUCCAAUGUGCUCUUGAAUGUCUCAUUGCCUGGGUCUGAAAUCAGAAUUGCCUGUGUACACUUCUCUUUGUCUAUUUUUUUUUCUCAUCCGGCCUAAUAUCUUAAUCUCAUAUUUUAGUUUUAUAAUGCUCCCGUGAAGCAUCUUGGAAUAUUUCAUUACAUUAAAAGGAAAUAUACUUUACUGUU